AUGCCACAGACACCACUGGACCGCGCGCUACACUCUAAAAAUGCAUUUCUGGCGUUCGCAGGAAUCAUCACGGCCGUCGCAGCGUGGACGAUACUGAAGCCGGACCCGAUCUUCCCGCUGGCGGGGCCGAGUGGUGACCCGACGGACUGGACAAAGGGCGAACUGACGAAUUGGCUAAGAGCGAGAGGCAUCGAGCCUGAAGAGGGCGCGACGAGAGAGUUGAUGGCGGCGGAGGUGAAGAUCAUUAGGAGGCAGCAGGCUGCGGCUGCGGCUGCAGAGAGGUAG